AAUGAAUCUGUCAAAAGUCUAGACUAAAUAUCGAUUAAUUACUUGCGGCCCUAAACAACAAUGCGUUAUACUUACGCUAUAUUGUACUGUGUAAAACCUUAUUAGAGCAUUCCCACGGAAAUGCCCACGUCUGAAUAUUAAUUACUUUCCUCAGUUAUAAAAGGCUACAGUUCCGUUCAUCAAUCACUCAUUCACUUUAUCUAUCCCGGUACAUCAGCAGCUCUCCAGCAUCAGUAAACAUGAAGCUCGCGGUGGUGUUGUGUUGCCUGCUUGCACUGUACUCGCUCGCUGCAGCUCAGGGAACGCAGAGGUUCUGCGGACGGCGAUUGGCACGAACGCUGGCGGGACUCUGCUCGGAGUUGGAGUAUGAAGAGGUGGUGAAGCGGUCUGGUGCAGGCGACGCUGCGGGUGCUUCCCGCGACUGGCGCUGGGCGGCGCUAGGAGGCGCACGUGGCAAAAGGGGAAUCGUCGAGGAGUGCUGCGAGAAGGCCUGCAUGCUCGAAGAGCUAAUUACAUACUGUUGACCGUCAUUACUACGUCAUACCCUUCUGUGAUAUUUUGAAUAAAUGAUAAGAUCUAACAAAAUUUUCUUUUUAUAAUCUCGUCAAUUUGUAUUAUUUUAGCACAUGAAAUUGGUCUAGUCCAGCUACAUACUUUGACCUGGGACCUAUGAAGUUGUACAUAUGAAGCCACAAAAGAAAUGUGUGUUUUUUGCUCAUUGUCAAAAACUCAUCCCUUAAGACAUCCUGGGUUUUAGUUCCAGAUAGA